UGCCUGAACAACCAACCGAGUCAGCCACACCCGGCCUCGCCGCGGGAGGGUUCCGUUAGGGGAGCCGUUGAGAGGCCCUGACUGGGUGCGCGAUUCAGGCACUGGUGAGCUCGAGAAUGGGCUGGUGCCAAUGGCGCUGCUCGUAGGGAGACUGCUUCUCUUUCUCUUGGGGGCUGCCGUAUCUCCGGCAUGGGCAGGAAGUAUUUCGGCUUGGUAUACUGCAUACGGACCGCAGGUCAUUCUGGUCAAUGACACGACCAACGAGAUCCGCUACACGGCCUGUAACAGCAAUGACAAGCCGACAUACUCGUACAUCGACGACUAUUCGCUCACCCUCGACAUCAAACCCAAGAUUGGCACGCCGCUAACCGGAGUGGGUUGGUAUGACAAUACCAUGACCCAAGCUUCGAUCUGGUACCUCGACGAGACCAACAAUAUCACGAAUGCCUUCUUCAACUGCAACAUGACAACUGGCCAGUUUCUGCUGCAGGGAAACUGGACCGUCACCAGCGGCGCCCCGUCCGUUCAUUCCAACUCGGGCUUGGCUGCUGUUGUCCUCGGCGCGGACACCGGCUACCGCGUGUACUUCCAUGACGAAGACGGCGCCAUCAACGAGCUUUUCUAUAACCGCGAUAUCGGCUGGGAGUAUUGGGGUCCCAUCUCUCAGGAUAUAAACUCCCUGCCCGCCUUAGGUGCCGCAUUCAGCGGCAGGGAAAACAUCACUGUUGCCUCCCCGCGCGAUGAGAGGAACAUUGCGGCGACCCGGUGGAACAAGGAUGAGACUUGGUAUCGAACCACCCUGCCACACCCGCUCGCGCUCGUGGGCGGAUUCGCUACCGCCGAGACCGCCAGGGAUGACAUUUCCCUAGAUGAGGGGACUCCGGCCAACUUCACGCUGCCCGCGUGGGACGGCAAGACUAAAAGCAUUGGAGUCACCAUUGACAAUGUCUAUACGCGUUUCCUUUGGUACAUUGGCAAUGACAGAAAUCUCUACCUGCUGGCCAAUCAGAACUACACUUGGGGCCGGCGAGCCAGCCAACCCAACACUGUCUGGCCCCAGGCCGACGACCCGAACGGUCAUCUAGGCGUUGCCUACGACAUGUUUACCAGCAGGGUAUGGCUUUACUACUUUGUUCAGGAUCGGCUUGGCGAGGUUAAGUAUGCAGACAACACCUGGCAAUCAUGGUCCGCACUUCAAGAACCACCGCCGCUACCGACACCGUCCGCCUCGACAGAUGACCCCACGGGCUCAGACGCCGGGCUGUCCACCGGUGCCAAGGCAGGCAUCGGCGUUGGCGUCUCGCUGGGCGCGAUUGCGUUCGCUACCAUUAUCGCCAUUGUCAUCCUGGCGCGAAGGAAGAAGCAAGCUUCAGAGCACCUGGCGGAGACUGAAGCAGGUUCGACCACUCUCGGUCCCCGCACGCCCGCAACGCCAGAUGGUUCCCCAGCUCUUGCGCAUGCGUUGGGAGCGCAGAAGUACGGCUAUGACCAGAAGGUGGCACCGAUACGAGCGCAGGAAUUGCCUUCUGAGCAGCAGCUGCAACAGCUGGACGGCGCAACCCGAUUGGAGAUGGACAGUAAUACCGCACGCGCGGAACUGGACCCCACAGCCAGGGGCGAGAUGUACGCCCAGUCGCAACCUAUAUAUGAGCUCCCUUCGCACUGGUCCUUCCAUGAACAGCCGGCCGAACAACCGAAGCAGUGGCUCGAGCCCCAUCAGCAGAGGCAAUGAGAUUGGCAGUCUUAGAGUCUCUGGAGGUGAUGAGUGACACACACGGUCUGAGGAGCAAGUACUGAAAAGCGACGGAGUUUCUACUAGUAUGUGCAUUUCGCGUCUGUACUGGUGAUUAGCGACUUGGAUACCCAGACCAGGAAAGGCGCCUCGGCUUUCUGGUCCAUUUCACGUAUUUAUGUUUUGUAUUUAACAAACAACCUCUGUUUUUAUCAAAAACUCAGUGAUUCAAAUUGUGCGUAGAACCGACUUGGAUAUUCUGCCUCGUCUCAUUCUUCUUGGUAAGUUCGGGCUACCCAAGAUGCUAUUUGUGCC